UCGCACAGACGUGUGUGUGUAUGCACCUGUGUGCCUAAUUGUAACUGUAUAACAGGUUGGGCUUAUUUAAAGCGACACAUAAGAACAUUCAAUUUAAAAAUAAAAAAGCAACAUCACUGCUGACGUAAGUCCGAUAGGCUACAUAAUGGUAUUACAUUCAGCAAUUUGCCCGAAAAAAGCGCACUUAUGUGUUUGGUUGUGUGUGCGUGCGUGCGUGCGUGCGUUGCACGUGAAGCAAAGAGAAGUUCAUUCGGGACAGAGGAGGAGCGCGGAUGCUACUGUGUGUUUCGGGUUCUCCUCAGCAGCCGCGCCUCGAGACGCCACCUCUGGUCCGCUCCGCAUCUGUCACAACUGCAGACGAGCACCGCGGCAUGUCCACAUCCACAUUCGCACACGGAAACAGUUCAUGAUCUUGGAUGAAAAAUGUCCGAAGUACGGAAAUUUACCAAAAGGUUGAGUAAACCGGGAACGGCGGCGGAACUCCGGCAGAGUGUGUCGGAGGCUGUGCGGACAUCAGUGAUUGCGGAGCAGCCAAAGAUCAUCGAGCCGCUGGAUUAUGAGACCGUGGUUUUCCAGAGGAAGGCCCAGAUCCACAGCGACCCCCACCGUGACCUCCUGCUCUGCCCCGUGGACGAUGUCUCGGAGUCGCAGAUUUCGAGGCAGAGGCGCACCGUCUAUCCGUCCGUGCCCCAGAAUGCCGAGCGAGAAGCCAGGAGCCUGUUCGCCAAAGAGUGCAUCAAGAUGUACAACACGGACUGGCAGGUCAUCACCUACAAGUACGAGGCCUAUUCCGGAGACUUCCGCAUGCUGCCCAGCAAAGGCCUGAAGACGGAGAAGCUUCCGAGCCAGGUGUUUGAGGUGGACGAGGACGCCAAGGACGAGGACUCCUCGUCGAUGUGCUCUCAGAGAGGAGGUAUAAUGAAGCAGGGCUGGCUGCAGAAAGCCAACAUCAACAGCAGCCUGUCUGUGUCCAUACGGGCCUUCAAGAGGCGGUACUUCUACCUGUCCCAGCUCCCCGACGGCUCCUACAUCCUCAACUCCUACAAGGACGAGAAGAACUACAAGGACAGCAAGGGCUCCAUCUACCUGGACUCCUGCAUCGACGUCGUUCAGUGCCCAAAGAUCCGGAGGAACGGCUUCGAGCUGAAGAUGCAGGAGCGCUACAGCCACUUCCUGUCGGCGGACAGCGAGGCGGAGAUGGAGGAGUGGGUGGCCACGCUGAGGCAGGCCCUGCAGAGCGGCGCGGAGGCCGGCCAGGAGCGGAGGAACGGAGCCGAUUCGCUGGACUGCGCGCUGGAUGAGGACACCAGUAGUCAGGGGAAGGCGGAAACCAUUAUGGAGAGCCUUGGAAGGAGUCUGCACCCGGAACUCAUGAAGUAUGCCAGAGAAACAGACCAGCUCAAUAAAAUCAACAGAAAUGAGGGGAGACUCAAGCUGUUUACACUGGACCCGGAAACACAGAGGCUGGACUUCUCGGGCAUCGAGCCGGACGUGAAGCCGUUCGAGGAGCGGUUCGGCCGCCGCGUGGUGGUCAGCUGCCACGACCUGACCUUCUCCCUGCAGGGCUGCGUCAGCGAGAAGAACGACGACGUCCUGACGAACGUGGAGCCAUUCUUCAUCAGCCUGGCUCUGUUCGACGUCGCCAAGAGCUGCAAGAUCUCCGCCGACUUCCACGUGGACCUGAACCCGCCGUGUGUGCGGGAGAUGCUGAGCGACGGCCCCGCCCACGGCGCCGCGGAGCCCGACGGCGGGGGGGGCAACGGCCUGCCCGUCCUGCAGAGGGUCUCUGAGUCGCUGCUCCGCUUCCCCACCCAGGGCAUAUUCUCGGUGACCAAUCCCCACGCUGACAUCGUCCUGGUGGCCCGCAUCGAGAAGGUCCUGCAGAACGGCAUCACGCACUGCGCCGAGCCCUACAUCAAGACCUCCGACGUCAGCAAGACAGCCCAGAAGGUUCUGAAGGCUGCCAAGCAGACCUGCCAACGCCUGGGCCAGUACAGGAUGCCGUUUGCCUGGGCCGCCAAACAGGUGUUUAAGGAUGCCCAGGGAAGCUUGGACAUGGACGGGAAGUUCUCCCCUCUGUACCGCCAGGACAGCAGCAAGAUCUCCACCGAUGACCUCAUGAAGCUGCUGGCAGAGAUCAAGAAGCCAGAGAAGAGCAAGCUGCAGAUCAUUCCCGGCCAGCUGAACGUCACCAUUGAAUGCGUGCCUCCGGACUUCUCCAAUUCGGUCACCUCCUCCUACAUCCCCGUCAAGCCCUUCGAGGAGCAGUGCGAGAGGGUGUCCGUGGAGAUCGACGAGUUUCUCCCCGAGGAGGCCAAGUACAACCACCCGUUCACGGUGUACAAGCACCACCUCUACGUCUACCCGCUGCAGCUCAAGUACGACAGCCAGAAGACCUUCGCCAAGGCGCGGAACAUCGCGGUCUGCAUGCAGUUCCGGGACUCGGACGAAGAGGGCGCCGUUGGCCUGAAGUGUAUCUACGGCAAGCCGGGAGAGCCAGUCUUCACCAGCAGCGCGUGCGCUGCCGUCCUGCACCACAACCAGAGCCCAGAGUUUUAUGACGAGGUUAAGAUUGAGUUGCCUGUGCACAUCCAUGAGAAGCAUCACGUGCUGUUCACCUUCCACCACAUCAGCUGCGAGUUCAGCAGCAAGAAGAGAGAAAGCGUGGAGUCGUUGGUGGGCUACUCCUGGGUCCCCCUGCUGAAGGACGGGCGCCUGCAGUCCUCCGAGCUGCAGCUCUCUGUGUCUGCCAGCCUGCCAGCCGGGUACCUGUGGGACAAGGCCCAGGACUCCAAAAAGUCGGCUCCGGACGUUAAGUGGGUGGAGAACGGCAAGCCGCUGUUCAAAGUGAGGACCCACGUGGCGUCGACCAUCUACACCCAGGAUCUGCACCUGCACAAGUUCUUCCAGCACUGCCAGCUGAUUCGCUCCGGCUCUGAGGACAGCCCAGCAGAACUCAUCAAGUAUCUGAAGUGUCUGCAUGCUAUGGAGACCCAGGUCAUCAUCAAGUUCCUUCCCACCAUUCUGGUCCAGUUGUUUGAGGUCCUCACCACGGCAACCAAAGAAUCCCACGAGAUCGCCGUCAACUCCACACGCGUGAUAAUCCACAUCGUCUCCCGCUGCCACGAGGAGGGCCUGGAUCAGUACCUGCGCUCUUUUCUCAAGUAUGUUUUUAUGACCAAUAAGAUGGCGGGAGGAAGCUCAAUGACCACACACGAAGUCCUGGCCACUGCCGUGACUGCUAUCCUGAAGCAGACCGCUGAUGUCAUCACCAGCAACAAGCUGCUCAAGUACUCCUGGUUCUUCCUGGAAACCAUGGCCAAGUCGAUAGCGCAGUACCUGCAGGACGGAAACAGGAUAAAGAUGCCGCGCCCCCAGCGGUUCCCGGACAGCUUCCACCAGGCGCUGCAGUCCCUGCUGCUCUCCAUCAUGCCCCACAUCACCAUCCGCCACGCCGAGAUCCCGGAGGAGGCGCGCUGCAUCAACCUGAGCCUCGCCGGGCUCAUCAAGCGCUGCUUCACCUUCAUGAACAGGGGCUACGCCUUCAGCCUGGUCAAUGACUACAUGUGCGGCUUCAGCCUCAAGGACCCUAAGGUGCUGACGGAGAUGAAGCUGGAGUUCCUCAUGGUGGUUUGUAACCACGAGCACUACAUCCCGCUCAACUUGCCCAUGGCGUUCGGACGAACCAAGCUGCAUCGCGUGCAGGACUUAAUUUCGUAUGCAGUGGAGCGUUUCAGCACAGUAGACCUGGGCCUGGAGUACAGCCUGACGGAGGAGUACUGCCGGAACCACUUCCUGGUGGGCCUGCUUUUGCGGGAGGUGGCCGAGGCCCUGAACGGCUGCCCGGAGAUCCGGCAGCUGGGCGUGGCCGUGCUGAAGAACCUCAUGGUCAAGCACGCCCUGGACGACAGGUACACCACGUCCAAGAACCAGCAGGCCCGAAUCUGCGUGCUGUACCUGCCUCUGCUGGAGCUGCUCUAUCAGAACCAGAAGCAGCUGUGUGCCCGGCUGGCCACGCCCACUCCCAGCCUGGCACUGGCGGCCUCAGGCGAUGACCUCACGCUGGCGUGUGCGUCGGGAGACCUUCGCAGGACCAGCGCAGCCGCGGACAAGGAGCACGCAGGCUUUGCGGCUCAGAACGGGCACGUGGUGAGGAGGGAGGAUUCCCGAAGCUCCCUGUUUACGGAGCCGGCCGCUCAGGAGAGCACGGACGGGAUCAACAGGCGGCGUUCCACCAUGAGUACGCUGCCCCCUGUUGGCCGACUGGGUCCGUACGAGGUCAAGGGCCUGCUCCUGUGUUUCCUGCACAUCGCCCGGACCGUGGCGGAAGAAACCCUGCAGUCCUACUGGAACAAAGUGGCUCCUCAGGACAUCAUGAACUUCCUCGGCCUACUGGAGACGUGCCUGACGCAGUUCAGAUAUAUCGGGAAGAGGAACAUUAGCAGGAGUCAGGACCCCUGGGUGUCGAAGCACUUCUCUCCAGACAGGAAGUCUCAGACCAUGCCGGUCAUGCGGAGCAGAACGGGCCUCAUGCAGGCUAAGAUCCAGCAGUUCGGCACCAUGGACACCUCGUUCACCCUGAGUACAGUCGCCGGACCCUCGGAGGCAGAGAUCAACCACCAGUCUCUGCUGGAGGGGAACGUCUCCGCUGAGGUCUGCCUGACCGUGCUGGACGUCAUCACCCUCUUCACCCAGAGCUUCAAGAGUCAGCUGCUGGAAUGCGAUGGCCACAACCCCCUGAUGAAAAAGGUGUUCGAUGUCUACCUGACCUUCCUGAGGGUCGGCCAAUCAGAGGCUGCGCUCAAGCACGUCUUCGCCGCCCUGAGAGCCUUCAUUACCAAGUUCCCGUCGGUGCUGUUCAAGGGGCGGGUGACGCUGUGCGCGGCGAUGUGCUACGAGGUGCUCAAGUGCUGCGUGUCCAAGCUGGGGGCGCUGCGGGCCGAGGCCUCCGCCCUGCUCUACCUGCUCAUGAGGAACAACUUCGAGUACACCAAGAGGAAGACCUUCCUGCGCACCCACCUCCAGAUCAUAAUCGCCGUCAGUCAGCUGAUCGCGGACGUGGUGCUGACGGGCAGCUCGCGCUUCCAGGAGUCCCUGUCCGUCAUCAACAACUUCGCCAACAGCGACAAGGCCGUGAAGAUGACCGCGUUCCCGGCGGAGGUGAAGAGCCUGACCAUGCGCAUACGCACGGUGCUGAUGGCCACGGCGCAGAUGCGGGAGCACGAGCGCGACCCCGAGAUGCUGCUGGACCUGCAGUACAGCCUGGCCCGCUCCUACGCCAGCACGCCCGAGCUGCGCCGCACCUGGCUGGACAGCAUGGCGCGCGCCCACCUGAAGAACGGGGACUACUCUGAGGCGGCCAUGUGUUACGUCCAUGUCGCAGCGUUGGUGGCGGAGUACCUGUACAGGAAGAAGCUGUUUCCCAGCGGCCUGGCCGCGUUCAGGAAGAUCACGCUGAACGUGGACGAGGAGGCCGCCAUGAAGGAGGACUCGGGCAUGCAGGACGUCUACUACAACGAGGAGGUCCUGGUGGAGCACCUGGAGCUGUGCGUGGAGGGGCUGUGGAAGGCCGAGAGGUACGAGCUGAUCACGCACGUCGCCAAGCUCAGCGCCCCCGUCUACGAGAAGCGCCACGAGUUUGAGAAGCUGAGCCGGCUCUACGACACUCUGCACCGCGCCUACGCCAAGGUCCUGGAGGUGAUGCGCACCGGCCGAAGGCUCCUGGGGACCUACUUCAGAGUGGCCUUCUACGGCCAGGGCUUCUUCGAGGAGGAGGACGGAAAGGAGUACAUCUACAAGGAGCCGAAACUCACCGGGCUGUCCGAGAUCUCCCACCGCCUCCUCGGCCUCUACGGGGACAAAUUCGGAGCGGAAAACGUCAAGAUCAUUCAGGACUCCAACAAGGUGAACCCCAAGGACCUGGACCCCAAGUUUGCCCACGUGCAGGUGACCUUCGUGAAGCCCUACUUCGACGAGAAGGAGUCGGCGGAGAGGACGACGGGCUUCGAGAGGUGCCACAACGUCGGCCGCUUCGUGUUCGAGACGCCGUACACGCUGUCGGGGAAGAAGCACGGGGGCGUGGCCGAGCAGUGCAAGAGGAGGACCGUCCUCACCACCGCCAACACGUUCCCCUACGUGAAGAAGAGGGUGGAGGUUGUGGCGGAGAAGCAGGUGGAGCUGAAGCCCAUCGAUGUGGCCAUUGACGAGAUGAGGGACCGCACCACCGAGCUGCAGAAGCUGUGCUCCAGUCCCGAGCUGGACAUGAUCCAGCUGCAGCUCAAACUGCAGGGCUGCGUCUCUGUGCAGGUGAACGCGGGUCCGAUGGCCUACGCCCAGGCCUUCCUCCACGAUGACAAGUCCAGCCAGUACAGUAGUAAGAAGGUCAAGGAGCUGAAGGACAUUUUCCGGAGUUUUGUCCAGGCCUGCAGUGUGGCGUUGGACAUCAACGAACGCCUCAUCAAGGAGGAUCAGUUUGAGUACCAGGAAGGGCUGAAGGCCAACUUCAAGGACAUGGUGAAGGAGCUCUCUGACAUCAUCCAUGAGCAGAUCUUCCAGGAGGACAUGAUGCGCUCCCUGCUGCAGAACUCCAUGCACGUGUUCCGCGUCAUCAGCGGGACGUCCCCCGACCUGGACUGAGACCCUGCCGUCACCCCCCGCCCCCCCCCCCCUACCC